AUGGUUCUCUCAUUUAUUAUUGUCCAGAAUCGCCAGGGCAAAACGCGCCUGGCGAAGUGGUACGCACCGUACAGUGAUGAGGAGAAAGUGAAGCUCAAAGGCGAGGUCCAUCGUCUUGUCGCACCGAGAGAUCAAAAAUACCAAUCGAACUUCGUCGAGUUUCGCAGAAGCACCAAGAUUGUCUAUCGUCGAUACGCCGGGUUGUUCUUCUGCGUCUGUGUGGACGCCAAUGACAACGAGUUGGCGUACCUCGAAGCUAUCCACUUCUUCGUCGAAGUGCUGGAUCAGUUCUUCGGCAAUGUGUGUGAGCUUGAUUUGGUCUUCAACUUCUACAAGGUCUACGCGAUUCUCGACGAGGUCUUUCUCGCAGGCGAGAUCGAAGAGACGAGCAAGCAGGUCGUCCUCACGCGACUUGAACAUCUGGAUAAAUUGGAAUAA